CCACACUUCUGUACGCAGCCCUGGUUUAUGAGGGAAAAUGUAUCGUCUCGGCCGACAGUCUAUUUCCAGGAUCGCUUUCAAUUCCUUUUUAUCCACUGUUCCACGGGAAUAUUUUCAUUUUACGAGACAAUACAGUAAAAGCUGGUCGUGUAUUGGCUGAUUUUUGAUCAAAUUUGACUUUUAACUGCACAAAAAUGCCAAGGGCCAAGAAGAAGAAUAGCAAAGGGGGGCAGCAUGGACAUGUGCAUCCUUUCAGUGAUGAGGACGCCUCCAUUGAGACCCUCAGUCAUUGCAGCAGCUUCAGUGACGCCACCAGUGUAGCAGAUGAAGGUGGAGAAGCCAGUGAGGACACAGCCCAGGAGGAUUACCAGUACAAGCUGAAGGGGUUCAUAGACAGCACAGUGGAUAAAAGUGCAAAGACCAGACAGGGGGCACUGGAUGGGCUUAAGACAGCAAUGGCCACACGGAUCCUGUAUGAGUUCAUCUCGGAGAGACGGAUGACCAUCACAGACAGCAUUGAACGCUGUCUCAAGAAAGGCAAAGGCGAGGAGCAGCGAGCAGCAGCAUCUUUGGCCUGCCUGCUGUGUAUCCAGUUGGGUUCGGGCAUCGAGAGUGAGGAGGUGUUUAAGUCCCUUAAACCCAUCUUCAAAAACAUCCUGGCAGAUGGAACAGCCAACAUUCAGGCCAGACAGGCUGUGGCGACAAGUCUGGGCCUUUGUACUUUGGUAGCAGAAGAUGACAUUUUGGACGUGCAUGCCACCAUGGAGUGCUUUGAGAACCUCUUCACCAGGUCCUACGCCAGGGCAGAUGGUACCUGUCCUUCUAUCAAUCUCCAGACGAGCCAGCUCCACACCAACGCCCUGUUGUCGUGGGCACUGCUGCUCACCAUCUGCACUUCCAACCAGCUCAAAGACAUCCUGCGCAAACACCUGCCUAAACUGCCGAGGUUGUUGGAAAGUGAGGAUGUCAACAUGAGAAUCGCAGCAGGGGAGACCAUCGCCCUGCUCUUUGAGCUGGCCAGAGACAUGGACGCUGACUUCGAGUUUGAUGACUGGGAUGAACUGUGCGAUAAACUGAAUGCGCUGGCCACAGACUGCAACAAGCACAGAGCCAAGAUGGACAAGAAGAAGCAGCGGUCAGUGUUCAGGGACGUGCUCAAGGCUGUUGAGGAGGGCGACUUCCAGUCCGAGACCAUUCGCUUUGGGACGGAGCGCAUGACCAUCGACAGCUGGGUUAGAAAGAGGACCUACGAUGCUUUCAGAGAGUUUGUGGGCUCUGGGAUGAACUACCACCUACAGGCAAAUGAAUUCAUCAGAGAUGUAUUUGAACUGGGACCACCUAUGUUGGUUGAUUCAGCCACAAUUAAGGCCAUGAAAAUCUCUCGCUUUGAAAGGCACCUCCACAACUCUGCUGCUUUCAAGGCUCGGACCAAGGCCAGAAGCAAGUUCAGGGACAAGAGAGUGGAUGUGGGAGAAUUCUAAAAAAUAAAAAAGUUUCUUUUUUUGGACUCUUAUAAGCUAUUUAUAUGGCUUCCCUGCUUUUUAGAUGAAUUGUCACAAUGUGUGUGCUCACGUAAUCCUCCUCAAAUGUAUCUUUUGAGUAUCAAACAGUCACAGCCUGUAGACUUAAAAUGUGGCUGUAUCACAGAUGUUGUGCUUUGACAAUUACUACACAAUACUUUUUUAUAGCUUCUGGUCAAAUCUACAGGAGGUGAAUGUUUUGAUAUUAAACAAUGUGUAACUUUAAUGUAUCCACACAAACUGUGGUAUUGUAAAUACUGUAGAGUGUAUAUUUGUUUUCUCUUCCUGUUAAUAUUCAGUAUGUGGCCUUUUUUGGGAUCUUUAUACUAAGUUAUAUAAUUUUCUUUCCAGCAUUUGUCUUGCACCAUGUAUUUCUCUUUAUUAGUUUAUAGUGAUGUCUAAGACAUGUAACUGACCUAACCCUUCCAUGGAUUUGUAUAAGUUGCACUACCUAGUUAACCCUAAGCAGGGUAUUCCUGUACAACCUUGGUGUAAUGUGUUUUAUUUUAGUAUGUGGUGUAUAAUCGUAAGGGCAAGGAUGGUGAAAUAAACACAAAAGCUGU